AUGGCGACAUCAACAAAGCACGAUUUAGCGCCAUGGGUGGAGAAAUAUCGACCACAAGUUUUGUCGGAUAUUGUUGGAAAUUCGAAUAUUGUCGAUAGAUUGAAAGUGAUUGGGAAAGAUGGAAAUGUGCCAAAUAUUAUUUUAUCGGUUAGUUUUUUGAACUCAAAACUUUGUUCAGAAAUUCAAAUUCUUGAGCGAAUGUUAAAAAUUUGAAUAUGAAUGUGAAAAUAAACUGAAAUGAGAAAAUUACGUGAACCUCUAUUGAAAAGCCAAAAUUUCUAAUUUGCAGGGUCCUCCAGGUUGCGGCAAAACCACAUCAGUCUGGGCUUUAGCUCGCGAACUUCUUGGAGCCAAAAUCGAUGACGCCGUUCUUGAACUCAACGCUUCGGAUGAACGUGGAAUCGAAGUUGUGAGAAAUCGAAUCAAAAUUUUCGCCCAAACCAAAGUUUCACUUCCCCCUGGAAGACAUAAAAUCAUCAUUUUGGAUGAAGCCGAUUCGAUGACCGAAGGAGCACAACAAGCAUUAAGAAGAACUAUGGAAAUACACAGCAAGACAACUCGAUUUGCAUUGGCUUGUAAUCAAUCGGAGAAAAUUAUCGGUAAGUAUUUAGAAGAAAUUGCAUCAUCAAAAAUAUAUUUUGUUCAGAACCUAUUCAAUCGCGUUGUGCUCUUCUCCGCUACACAAAACUAACCGACGCCGAAUUGUUAUGCCGUGUUAAAGAAGUUUGUCAUGCUGAAAAUGUGAACAGCGAUGAUCAGGGACUUCAGAUGAUUCUGUUCACAGCGCAAGGUGAUAUGAGACAAGCGUUGAAUAAUUUGCAAGCAACAGUUAGUGCGUAUGGAAUUGUGAAUAUGGAAAAUGUAUUGAAGGUUCGUUUUUAUUUUAAUUUUAAUUGAACAUUUUGAUUUCGAAGUUAUCAAAGUUUUUCAGGUUUGCGACGAACCGCAUCCCGAAUUGAUGAUUAAGAUGAUCACAUUAUGCAUUGAGAAAAAGUUUUUCGAAGCCUCGCAAAUCAUCCACGAAUUUUUCCGAUUGGGAUAUUCGCCAGAGGAUAUUGUUUCGACACUUUUCCGCGUCGUGAAAUAUGUUGAAUUGCCGAAAAAUAUUGGAGAACAAGUGAGAAUGGAUUUUAUUGAGGUAAGGAAUUGAUUUAGGGGAGUUUUUUUUCUUACCGUAGAUUUUGACCAGCUGAUUAUGAUCCUGUCGUCAAAAAUGCAGAGCUCAAAUCCUAAAAUAAGUUAUGACGUUGAAAAGUUUGAAAAUUUGAGAUUUCACAAAGCUAUAACUAACUUUAAAAAGGAUUUUCAAUGAAAUCUGAUAACACAGCCUCCUGGGCAAAGCUAUGCUAUCAGUUUUUUAUAAAAAUUAUUAUGAAGUUAGUUAUAGCCUUCUGAAAUCUUAAAAUUUUAGACUUUGCCACGUCAUAACUCAUGUUAGGAGUUCAGUUUUGCAAUUUUUGACGAUGGGAUCAUACUCAUUGUCAGCAGGUAAAUUUCUACUAGACAAAAAUGUUUUCAUCAAAAUUAGUUCCUUUUGAACUUUGCCACGUCAUAACUCUUCUUUGGAGUUGAGAUGAGUAGUUUUUGAGAAAGGGAUCGUUAUCAGCUACUCAAAGACAACUAAAAUAAUAAUAAUAACAAUUUUUGUUCAAAAAAUCACACAGUGACGUUAUUCCCUUGUGGGAAGAGAUCCUUCUUUUCUAAAAAAAAAAAUCUCAACAUUUUUCAGAAAAUCGCCCUUUGUCAUAUGCGAAUUGUUCAAGGAUUAUCAACAAAAUUGCAAUUAUCAAGAAUGGUCGCUGAUUUAUGUCGAAUUGAAGUUUGA